GACCUCCCGCCCCGCACAGCGCCGAUCCGGAGGGAGCCGGUAAGAGAAGCUCGUCCCUGAAGCGGCCGGGAGAGCCGCGCAGCCGGAGACGCUCCCGGGCUGCACCGCGCAGCAAGCAGGCAAGAGCCGCUCCGCCAGCCUCGUCCGCAACCCGACUGUUGCUCCAGGAAGUGACCAUGGCUAGUCUACAUGAGCAGCGAUUUACAGAGGAGAAGCCUCUGCUCCGUGGACAAGAUGCAGAGAUGGAGAAUUCAGACACUUUCCUGCCUGCAGUGGACACUGACUGGAAGGAGCAUGACAUCGAGACGCCCUAUGGACUGCUGCACGUCGUUCUUCGGGGAUCCGCCAGAGGGAACCGCCCAGCCCUCCUGACUUAUCAUGAUGUGGGGCUCAAUCACAAGCUCUGUUUCAACACUCUCUUCAACUCUGAGGAAAUGCAAGAGAUCACCAAGCACUUUGUGGUGUGCCAUGUGGAUGCGCCCGGGCAGCAGUCUGGGGCCUCCCAGUUUCCCCAGGGGUAUCAGUAUCCAUCCAUGGACCAGUUAGCUGCCAUGUUGCCCAGUGUGGUCCAACAUUUUGGGUUCAAGUAUGUGAUUGGAAUUGGAGUCGGAGCGGGUGCCUAUGUUCUUGCCAAAUUUGCUCUGAUCUUCCCAGACCUGGUGGAAGGCCUUGUUCUGAUCAACGUUGACCCAAAUGGCAAAGGCUGGAUUGACUGGGCUGCCAGCAAGCUCUCUGGCCUUACCAGCACAUUAUCUGACAUGGUGCUGUCUCAUCUGUUCAGCCAGGAGGAGUUGGCGAAUAACAUGGAGCUGGUGCAGAGCUAUCGUCAGCAAAUUGCAAGCACGGUGAACCAGUUCAACCUGCAGCUCUUCUGGAGUAUGUACAACAGCCGCAGAGAUCUGGAGAUUAACCGCCCUGGCAGUGCGCCCAAUGCCAAGACGCUCCGCUGCCCAGUGAUGCUUGUAGUAGGUGACAACGCCCCUGCAGAAGAUGGUGUGGUUGAAUGCAACUCCAAGCUGGACCCAACCACCACCACAUUCCUGAAGAUGGCUGAUUCCGGAGGGCUUCCCCAAGUGACUCAGCCUGGGAAACUGACUGAGGCAUUCAAGUACUUCCUGCAAGGAAUGGGCUACGUGGCAUACCUGAAGGACCGGCGGCUGAGUGGAGGAUCAGUGCCCUCAGCCAGCAUGACACGCCUGGCCCGCUCGCGCACAGCCUCCCUCACCAGCGCCAGUUCGGUGGAUGGCAGCCGUCCCAGAGCCUGCACCCACUCCGAAAGCAGCGAAGCUAUGGGCCAGAUCAACCACACUAUGGAGGUGUCCUGCUGAGAGUCCCCGAUGCCUUCCCUUGGCCACCAUCUUUGUUCGGGGAGCUGUGGCCAACCACCAUUGCAUCAUUCGCCAGCCGAUGUUUUUGCCGCUUCUUGUAGCUUCCGUUUCCUUGUCUGCCCAUCUCUCCCAAUGCCAUUACAGAUAAAAAGUUGAAGCAGGAAGCAGUAGCUUCCUAUCCAAGGCUGCCUUCCUGUUUGUUAGAGAUGUCAUUUUAGAGUAGCCGUGUUCCCUUGCUCCAAUCUGUCUUUCACAAGCAGCCCCAUUGUUUCCUGUAGCAACUGGACCGUCUCCCCCAGAGUCUGGAGGCAACAGGGCACAGCUUGGAAUUGUCCGGCCUGAGGUUAGAGCUUUUUUGCUUGGCGUGCCCAGCAUUUUUGCAGCAAGUCUCAGCUCCCGGCCAUUGGUGGGGAUGGAAAAUGGCAGCAUUCAAGGCCAGUGUAGCCUUGUGCUUGGAAGUUGAUCUGUAAACUCAAGUGCUGAGCCAGCUGCAACUCUGGCAGUUACUUGGGCUGCAGUUGAUUCUAGCCGCUGGGUGCGUUCAUAAAGGGCAAGACCUGCAAAGGGGGCCAGGCACAAGGCUUGCAAGCAAUAGGGGCUUGUGUGGAAAGUUCCUUUGCCCUCGACCGCCUGGGUAUCAGAGUGGCAACCCCAGCAGGCAGCCCCUGAUGGAGGCCUUGCUUGAGUGGCUCACAGUGGGAGCAGCAAGAGCCUCUGGUCCUAGGAAAGGGAAGAUCUGUUCCAAGAAUUCUCUGAAGCCCCUUGAUCCUCUUCAACAGCCGAGGGGGAUAGUAUGGUGCUGAUUCGUCCUCCUAGCAGCCUUCCUCCCUCCCAGCCCGCAGCGGUGGGGAGGAGUGCUGGCUGGGGUGGGUCAGCAGCAUUCGCACCUCCACCAAGGCGCUUAGGUGAGAGCGGGUGCACAUCGGAGUGCCGCAGCUCAGCAGGCAGGAACCUUCCCGCAAUUCUUGCAUCUCCCCUUACGAGGCUAGGGAAUGGGUCUAAGGGGAUAAAUACAGGCCGGGGGAUGAUGGCAGGAGCCCCGGACAGGAAAGUCGAAAGCUCGCUCAUUCUCAAAGCGGCUGGUAGUCAGGUCGAUUCCCAGUCAAGGCCCCGCUUGCUUUCCCACGGGUGGGGGGGGGAGGGAGGGAGGAGAAGGACUCAGCCUUUUCCGGGGGGACGCCUGGUUCAUUUUGCGUAGAGCAGGGAGUCCCCGCGGAGAGCCUGGCUGGGCGGCCCCUUCGAGCCCCGGGCACCCAACCCUCCGCUCCCCUCUAGCCUUGGGUUUAGACGCAUCCAGGCUCCGGCCUGGCACUGGCGGCCUCGAGCAGCUUCCCGGGACCAGAGGGCCGCCCCUUCCCGUUGGUGGACGGGAGCUGCUGUCCGGGCAAGGCCUGUGGAGCCGGGGCGGGGGGGGGUGGUUGUCUCUCCUGGGGCACGUCGGGUCUCCCGCAUUGCCAGAACCGGCGUCGAGCCCCUCGGCGGGGGCCGCGUCACCGUGAUCGCGAGCAUCUUCCCCUGUCUCGUUCCGGCUCCGGGGCGGAAACCGACCGAAUUGUCAUAUUUUGCAGCGCAUUGUAGACUUGGAACACAUUAAAGGACCGCAUCUUUUAUUUCA